GCAGUGAGGAGGUCACGGCUUGGGCGGGCGGUCUGAACCUGAGGCGAUGAGAAGACGUCAUCUACGGUGGACGAGAUCCGUGAGGUCCGGACUGGAUUAUUCUUGGAGAUGGAGGCGGGAAAGGAGUCCAUGACAUUCAAAGAUGUGGCUGUGGAAUUCACUUGGGAGGAGUGGAGACAGCUGGACCAUGCACAGAGGGACUUGUACAGGAAUGUAAUGAUGGAGAACUAUGAGAACCUCAUCUCGAUGGGGAUUUUUGUUUCCAAACCGGAUGUGAUUUCCCUAUUGGAAAGAGGAGAAGCCUCAUGGAUAUCAGAAGGAGAAGUCUCAAGAAGCACUUAUUCAGAUUCUCUUAAUCUGGACAGUUGGAGUGAAACCAAAAACUGGAGUUUAAUACAUGAUAUUUGCCACAUACCAUCACUUAAAAAAAGACUACCAGUGGAUAUUCCCCAAAAUGCCAAGAUGGAAGAAUCUAUGGCACGUGAUGUUGUGUUACAGAAACAACUGGGCAACCAGGAGACACGCUCUGGAAAUGUAACCAUCAUUCACAGAACAAUUCUUAAUUUAAUGAGUGUACCUCAACAAAAUUCAUUUGGGAGUAGUUUUAGUUCAGGGUCAGUCUUUGUUCCAGUGAAGUCCUUCAGAUUCUACUCAGGAAACAAACUUCAUAGAAUAUAUUCUGGAAGAAAGUUACAUGAACACAAUGAAUGUGGCAAAAUUUCUGAGAGAAAAUCCAAUCUUACUCUGUAUGAGAGAAUUUGUACUGGAGAGAAACCCCUUACCUGUAAUGAAUGUGGCAAAAUCUUGGGUUCCAGGGGAAGCCUUCUUAGACACCAGAGGACUCAUGCUGGAGUGAAAUCCUUUGCAUGUAGUGAAUGUGGGAAGGCCUUUAGUAACAGGGGGAAUCUUAAUCGCCAUGAGAGAACUCAUGCUGGAGUGAAACCCUUUGAAUGUAACAGAUGUGGGAAAGCCUUUGCUGAAAGGGGGAAGUUGAAUAAACAUGAGAGGAUUCAUACUGGAGAAAAACCCUUUGAGUGUAAUAAAUGUGGAAAAGCCUUUAGCCACAGAGAAAGUUUAACUAAACACGAGAGAAUUCAUACUGGAGAGAGAUCUUUUGAAUGUGAUAGAUGUGGGAAAGCAUUCUUUGAGAGAGGAAACCUUAUUAGACAUCAGAUAAUUCAUACUGGAAUGAAACCUUUUGAAUGUGAUGAAUGUGGGAAAGCCUUUCGCAAUAAGGGAAGCCUAACUGAUCACCUGAGAGUUCAUACUGGAAUGAAGCCCUUUGAAUGUGAUGAAUGUGGGAAAGCCUUUAGUCACCGUGGAAGCUUGACAACACACAAGAUAAUUCAUACUGGAGAAAAACCCUUUCUGUGUAAUGAAUGUGGGAAAGCUUUUAGUAAUAGGGGAACCCUUAUUAGACAUCAGAGGACUCAUACUGGAGUGAAGCCCUUUGAAUGUAAUGAGUGUGGGAAAAGCUUUAGCCGAAAGGUACUUCUUGAUAAUCACCAGAGUAUUCAUACUGGUGUGAAACCUUUUGAAUGCAGUGAAUGUGGGAAAUCCUUCUUUGAGAGGGGAAACCUUUUUAUACACUGGAGAAGUCAUACUGGAGUGAAACCUUUUGAAUGUAGUCAAUGCGGGAAAACUUUUGGUAAUAAGGGAAACCUCACUGAUCAUCAAAGAAUUCAUACUGGAGUGAAACCGUUUGAAUGUAGUGAAUGUGGGAAAGCCUUCCGUCACAGAGGAAAUUUGGCAACACACAAGAGAACUCAUACUGGAGAGAAACCCUUCAUAUGUAAUCAUUGUGGAAAAGCUUUUAGUGGGAGUGGAGCUUUGAUUAUACAUUGGAGAACUCAUACUGGAGAGAAACCUUUUGAAUGUAAAGAAUGUGGAAAAGCCUUCAGUGAAAGGGGAUCCCUUAUUAGACAUCAGAGAAUUCAUACUGGAAUGAAACCCUUUGAAUGUAAUAAAUGUGGGAAAAGCUUCAGCCGAAAGGUACUUCUUACUGAUCACCAGAGUGUUCAUACUGGAGUGAAACCUUUUGAAUGUAAUAAAUGUGGAAAAGCCUUUGGUGAGAGAGGAAUUUUAAAGAAACAUGAGAAAAUUCAUAGUGGAGAGAAGCCCUUUGAGUGUAAUAAAUGUGGAAGAGCCUUCUUUGAGAAGGGAAAUCUUAAUCGACAUGAGAGAAUUCAUAUGAAAAAGAUACCUUUAAUUGUAAUGAAUGCAGAGAAGCCUUUGACCUCCAUAAAAGUUUGAUGAAACAUAACAAAAUUCAUGCCAGAGAGAAAACCUGCAUAAUGAAUGUGGAAAGGCCUUUAGCAAUUUAUCAUUCUUGAUUUAUCAUCAGAGACUUCAUAAUGAAAGGAAAUUGUAUAAAAGCAAUGAACACAAAUGUUUUAGCCACUUCAGUCCCACCCACCAUAAAGUAUAUGCCCUUUGAAGACAGGGAUGCUUUUCUUUUCUUUCUAUCCUCAUCACUCAUUAUGAUACUUAGCACGUAGAAUGCCCUUAAUAAAUGUUAAGUAUAGUUAAGCUGUCAGAGGACCCUCUGCUACAAAUCAGAUAAUUUAUUCUGGUAACUAAGGCUAUACAUUUUAUGUGAUAAACAUCAGCAAAUGAAUGGGAAGAAAAAGAUUCUGAAUUAUAUUGACCAUGGGAACAAUUUUGCUAUAAAUGGUAUAUGUGAGGCUAAUUUCAUGUGAUAACAUGGGAAAAGCUUCACAAAAAAAUAAUCUUUUGUUAAAAUACCAUAGUGUCAAGAUUACAGAGUAUGUUACUAGUUACUGUUUUCUUCUUUUAUCAUACUCUUUAUUGUAGAAUACCUUAGACACCAUUAAGAAGAGUUGACUAAGUCUACAGCAAGUGUGCCUGAUAUAUUUUCUUUUUUAAAUUGACCAUUUUAUCAAAACCACAGAAUUUUUAAGUCAGAGCAAAUUUACAUUUCAUUUUCUUUUUCAUUCUUAAUAACUGAUUAAAAAUGAACAUUCUGAUUCCGAAACAGAUAAAAAUAAGUACAUUUUUAAAAAUCUCCUUUAUUUACAUUAUCCUAAAGUGUGUGUACAUUUACUUCCACAAGAUGGCAGCAAAGAAAGUUUGCUCAUUUUUCAACUUUUUCCUGUGUUAUUUUUUUCUGGGUGAUAAAAUAUUAAUGUGUAUAUUCUAACUUCAUUUCAUAUGAAUCUUCCAAUUAAAAAAAUUCACAUGUUCCUAGUUGUACAUCCACAUUCCAUCAUCUUGAUAAAUCAAUAUGUUUAUUCUCCUAUCACAAAACAUGUGAAAUGUUUUUAGGUUUUUUUAGUUUUUAGUUUUCUAUUUUGAAUAAAAUCUCAGGGUACAAUAGCAGGAAAGAAAAGACAGGUAGUAAUUUGUAUAAAAAUAGAACAUGGGAUAACUGAUGCAUAAGUAUGAGCUAUUGGUAUACAUGUAAUAUCAAGAAAUGACCAUUUUGGUAUGGUGUAGAGGGGAUUCUCUUCUGGUAUGGUUUGGACUAUAUAGCCUAAAAAGGCGUUUUCCAGCUCAGACAACCUGUCAUUCUGUAGUUUAUUAAUUCUUUAUCAGAAUAGCCAAAGUCUUCUACAGGAGACUUGAAUAACUCAGGUCCCAAAUGAACUUGGGUAAGCCAAGACCAUCAGAGAAAUACAAUGGUGUUUCAGCAGAGUUAACCUUAUCUCACUGGGAACCUGUAUGUUACUAGCCCAGAAAUCAUCCCUUUCCUGGAAAUGCUCCUGUCUUGGGAAAGGGCAGAGUAUUUAGAAGAUAGAGCUGUGAAAGAAAGAAUUCAUGAAUUUUCAAAAUGUUUUAUUAGACUUCCCUUUUUUUAUUGCCUGGAUUCCCCCUGAGUUUCCCCCAUCCCUACUUAAGAGCUAUCACUUAUAAUAUUUUUUUAAAGGAAGAGAAAAAGAUUAAGCAGUCAUUAAACACAGAAAAAAAAAUAUAUGCAGUACUCCCCAUCUCUUCAUCUCAACCUCUGCAAAAUAGGGAGGUGGAAGAGAUGUCCUCAUCUUAUUUGAAUCAAGCUGGCAUUUUAUAAUUUCACAACAUUCAGCUUCAGUUAUUUUGUGAUAGAGAGUCUUUCCAUUUACAUUGUUGUGGACAUGAUUUAUAUUGCUUUCCUGACUCUGCUGACUUCACUUUGUAGCAGCAAUUCAUGUACAUCUUUUAAUGCUUGUUUCUGUUCAUCAUGUUCAUAAUUUUUUAAAGCCUAAUGACCUUCUGUUACAUGCAUGUACUACAGUUUGUUUAUCCAUUCUCCAAAUUGGUGGACAUCAGUUCUUUUCUACUUUGAAAAAUGCUGCUAUAUUUUGGUGUCUGUGGAUCCUUUUUUUUUUUAAUCCUUCAGGAUAUAUGCUUCCCAGUCAAUCACUGGGUCAAAGACUAUGAGUAUUUUAUAUAAUUAUGUAUUGGUUUCCAGAAUAAUUGUACCAAUUCACACCUCCACCAACAAUACAUUAGUGUAUCUAUAUUUGCACAGCCCACCCAACUUAUACUAUUCCUGUCUUUUGUAUAUUUGUAGAUUCGCUGAAUAUGGGGUAAAAGGUUGUUUUGAUUUGCAUCUCUCUUAUUGUUUGCAAUUUGGAGAAUUCUUUCAUCUAGUUGUUAAUAGUUUGAAAAUCUUUUAAGACCUGUUUGAAACCUGUCUAAGCCCUAAGCCCUUCUGUCAUAUUCUCCAUGAGCUCCCUCUUCUCCCUUCUUCAUCUCAUAUCACUCAUAUGCCUUCUGUUAUUAUCUCCUCCUUUACCCUUGUCUUACAUGAAAAGGUGGCCUUAUUCCUUCUACCUGCACAAGUGAUCCUCCUCUGUCAUCUUCCUUCUGUUACUUAUUUUCAGUCUUCCUCUGCCCAUUGGUUCCUUCUCUACCACCUACAAAUAUGCCUAUGUCUCCUCUGUCUUGAAGCAACCCUCACUUGAUCCUUCCAUACCCACCAACUGUCAUCCUAUAUUACCUCUUCUGUCCUUUGUGGCUAAAGUCCUUGAAAAAACUAUCUACAAUAGAUGUUUCCACUAUCUCUCCUCUUACUCUCUUCUGAAUCCCUUACAAUCUGUCUUUCAGUGUCAUUGCACCGGAACUGCUCUCUUUAAAGUUAAUAGUGAUCUCUUAAUUGCCAGAUUCAGUGGCCUUAAUCCUUAUUCUCCGUGACCUCUCUGCAACCUUUGACACUGUUGAUCAUCUUCUUCUUAAUGAUCUUUCAGUUUUCACAGUAACACGCUCUUCUGGUUCUCCUAUCUCUCAGACUAUUCCUUUUCAAUGCCAUUUGCUGGAUUCUCAUCCAGAUCAUGCCUUUUUACUGUAGGUUUCCCAUGGGGUUCUGUCCUGGGAACUCUCCUCCUUCUCCCUCUAUACUACUUCACUUGGUGAUCUCAUCAACUCCCGUGGAUUCAGUUACCACCUCCAUG